UCUAGGAAUGUAAACAAACAAAACUAGUGACAUAUGCUUUGUUCGAUAAGUGUGAUUUGCAAAAUUCCAAGGCUAUCCUCAUUUCAAAAACAUUUUGUAAUCAGAUUUCCGUAUUGCUUGAUUAAGGCCAAAGGUCAUUCUAUAGGUCAUCUUAACGAAACGAAUCAUUCAUUGAAAGCUUGUUAAUAGGAGCAAGACUCAACAUUAUUUGCAAAAAGAUUCCACCUCAGCUAACAAGUUGGUAAUAAUCUUAUUGGCUAGAGUUCCUCCGGGUUCUAUUUUUGAUUGGUUUGAAAUUGUAAGAUAAAUAUUCCUUGCGUACGCGAGUCAUGCGACAUGACGAACAUGGUGGUGUGAAUUAUAUUGUUUUGAUUGUAAUAGAGUUUGUUUUCAAGUGAAAUUUUAGGUGAUUCCACUUGAUUUUUCAAAAGUUAAUACUGGGAUUUUGUUCGAAUUCAUCGAGUGAUAAUAUUGUGUGCUAUUUUGCUUACUGACAAUCUGUGGCAAGUUUUAUUGAUGUUGAGUCACUCUGGACUAUUCGAUAAAGAAUAUUUCUAAGUGAUUGUUAUUAUCAAAGCGUCUACAAUGACAGAUUUCACUGGGGAUUUCUUCCUAGAUCCUGGAAUCAUAAUCAAACAAGAACCUGUGAACAGUGACAUCAUUAUGACGACCUCAGCAAGCGUGCCUAUUCCUUUGCCGAAAAGAUCGCAAAUGGAAAUUAAUGACUACCAUAGGGACUUCAACUUUGAAUUUGAGAAUUCUCAAUCUCCCAUUAAUCAGGAUAUAUGCUACAUAGGCCAAUUUCAAACGCAAGACCUUGAAAACAUGGACUUAUGGGGCAGCCGAAGCAUGAAUUCAAAUCUUCUGAAGUCUGAAGCUUUGAUUCAUAUGGAUGAUGAUGAUAUCUUUCAAGUGGAUAAAGCUGAUCUCAUUCAAGGUCCAACUUUGGCAGAACUCAAUGCCAAUGAUGAGACCCUUCUCAGAGAAAUCAACUUUGAUGAUUUACUCCUUCCUGAAGAAGGCAGCUUUAUGAACCUCACAAGUCAGAAGAAUUCCCUAGUGCAACAGAUCCAGAUGAGUAACUCCCACCACUCUAAUAAUAAUCAAAUAUUGACCGCCUCAUCUUGCCCUCAAAGCAGCAUGAUGUACAGAGAGAGCGAACUUUCUUCUAGUGUACCCUCAAAUAGUUUUGAAACAUACCAUACCAAGAACCUCAUGUCUGCUGUUUCUCCUUCUAGUCAUACAAGUUCAAACUCUCCAAUUCUUCAAUCUUCCCCACUACGCAUUGCUUCUCUACAACAGAAACACAGCACCCUUCAUGAACUUUUGAUGAAAAGGGAUUCAUAUGUUUCACCCGAUAGGAUGCACGAUCAGUCACUUCCUGGCGUUUCUUCACCACUUGGGUCUCCAAAUAUUCACAUGAGUAGAGGGCACAUAUCUAGGCUGUCUUCUUCUGCUCCUACACAUCUUGGUCCUGAUCAGAUUUGGCAAAGAAGAGAGCCUCGAAAGCAUCUUAUCUCAACCAGUUCUCUUGUUGAAGCUGGCUCAACAUCUUCGCUAUCUACAGGUGGAAUUUUGAGUCCAGAAUCGCAGGAUUUUUCUCACGACGAGGGUGAUUCCGAUUCAGAAAGUGAUGCCCACUAUGAAGAUUUCAGCUCUGAUAAUGGAGAUUCGGAUGAAGACUUUGAGCAGUCACCGAAAACAUCUCAUAAGAAAGAGAGAUAUUUUUGGCAGUACAAUGUUCAAUCGAAAGGACCAAAAGGGCAGCGUCUAGUGAUGAAAUGUAAAAUGGAGGACCCUCAUCAUUUGAAUGAAGUCACUGAUCCAGUUUUCAGUCCAGAUUGUUCCGUUAAGGGGAUCAAACAUAGCGGGAAAGCAAGGAAGGGUGAUGGUAACGAUUUGACCCCUAAUCCAAAGAAACUGCAUAGUAUUGGAAAAGAACUUACAAAAUUAAACAAGAUCAUAAAUGACAUGACGCCUGUCAGUGAGCUACCCUUCAAUGUUAGGCCUAAUUCAAGAAAAGAAAAAAACAAAUUGGCGUCAAGAGCUUGUAGACUGAAGAAAAAAGCUCAACAUGAAGCAAAUAAAAUAAAACUUCAUGGCCUUGAAACAGAGCAUAGAAAAAUUAUGAAUGGUAUCCAACAAGCCAAACAAAUAUUAGUUGCAAAGAUAAAUGAAACAUCGUCUGACAAACAGGAGGAAUUGACUCAACAUUUGGAGAAAUUAUCUCGAUUUGUUGGAAAAGUAAGGAUAGCUGGUCAUACAACAGAAUAUGUAAACAAAAUCUUAGAUCAAUUAAAAGGAGGCAGUGGAAGGAUGGCUUGCUUGGAGAACUUAUAGGAGACAACUAGUAAAAGAAGUAUGAAUCUCUAAUCCACAUUUUUAGCAGAUGAUCUGCUAAAUAUCUGAUCCUUUUUUAUAUAUUUUUUUUAUCAAAAAGAAGAGUUACAGAGUUUUGUAAACACUCGAAAAGUUGAUAAAAACCAGGUGAGGAUGUGUUGUUGUUCCUAAUAGUUUAAGUUGGAAAGAAUAUUGUGAUCAUCAAACAAGUUUAAUAUUUGAGAACCUGUUUGUUAGCAGAUGUGGCUUUGUCACAAAAGUGGUAUUUUGAAUAUACAGCACUGUUAAGUUAAAUGCUGGAAUUUGAAAUUUUACAAUUAAAAUUUUUUGUUUAUAGGAUGGUCUUCGAUUCAUACAUAAAUCAAUAGAUUUUUCCGUUUGAUGUGACGUAAAGAUUUUUUUUCAGUUUUAUUACUGUAUGUUAUAGACAUAUUGAUAAUAUCAUUUUAUUAUUUAUUUUUUUUGUAUCUCAGUUACAUUAACAACAAUAUGAACAUAUCCCCCACUUUGAAAUUUAAGUCAUCCAGCAAAGUAUAUUAUUCAAUAACAGGAAUGUUCAAACACAAAUAUAAAUCGAAGACUCUCCUUUAAGAUAUAUUUUGGAAUAUGUGGAUAUGAAAAUUACGUCAGAAGUGAAAUGAAGAAAUGUUUUACGUUUUUGAUCUUCUACAAAAUUAUCUGGUUUUGAGAAAUGUAUUUUACUUGGCAUGAAAUCAUAGUUUAUUUUAAUUUAUAAUUGUUAAUUUUAUAUUUACAGAUAGUGUGAGAAAUUUUAAAGCAGUUAAUUAUAUUUAAUGUUAAUUUUAUACAGUUGGAGUUAUACAACCACAAUAAUAAUUAUUUCUUGUUAUAAUAAAAAGAGGCCUUAAGCUGAUGAAAUAUUUUUGAUUGUAUAAUAUUUUAGUUAUUGAACUUAAGUUUAAAACGUCAUGUCCAGGAGACUAUAAUAAUAAUAAAUUUUUUUAAAGUCGUAUCUGAUGAAAUUUCACUUCUUGAAAGAGAAAAGUAUCAAAUUAGUGAAUAUCAUUUUGGAUAAAUCAAUGAAAACUGCUGGUUGUAAUUCUAAUAUAUUUUAAAAGAAUGGCAGCAAUUUUUACAAAAUUAUGUAUUUCUUCUUUCACAUUAGAAUUUUUGUGAAGAAGUAAUUUUGUAACUGGAGUCUACGUGAAAGAUAUUUGAAUAUCUAUAGCUGGAAUCCAAAUUGAUUUGAAAAAGGAAGAAGUUAGUCCAGAAGGAGAAUAAGGACCUUCCAUUGAUGUGAUCAGAAUGUUUCUGUGUUCAGUUUGUGAUAGAUUCACUUUUUAUUUUGUACAUAUAUUGAAUUGAGCUCAAUAUAUCAGGUUUUCAAAUAUAAAUAGUUUUUAGAAUAGUUGAGAGCUCGGUAUUAGUUUUGUCUUUUGGUUCAACCAAACUUUUUAUAGCUUUAAAAAGGUACAGAUGUUUAUGGUGUUUGUGUUUUGUUUUAUCAUUUUUAUAUUUUAUACAGAAGUGUGUUUUAUUUUUAAUGAUUAUGUAUAGAUGUUUGGAGGAAGUUGAAGUUUUGAAUACAGCAUGAAAUAAAAUUAAAAACUUCGCUGGUCAUAAGGUCAUCGAUUUUUUUUUUGUUAGAAGGAAAGUUAAAAAUCCUCCAACAAAAUCGUUGCGGUAUUUAGUUGAUGAAGGCUGUGCAUUAGUUUUUAACAUAGGGCAAAUCAGGGCCAAGUAAAAUACUAGCUUUAAGUUUUCAAAUGAAUACUGAAAUUUUAUAUUAACAAUAUAUAUAUUUAGUACCUAGUUUAACUUGCUUCUACUUAUACGUUGUUAUUGUGUAUCCUUCUACAGGUGGCCCAAGACAAGUUUAAGGUGAUCUUACCGUAGAUAUCACCAAAGCUUGCACAAAGACGAUUAAUUUGAAAAUUGUAAUGGAAUGCAUCCUUAUAUUUAUGUUAUUAAUCUUUCAGAUAUUGCCCUAAAGGUAUAGAACAAUGCUUGAAAGAUUAAUGACAUGAAUAGUAUCAAGUAUUUUUUCAGAUUAGUAGCGGGUUUCACAAAUUCUUCAUUAUCGUGAUUCAAAUGGUCAAAUCAUUUCUGUGGUCAAUAUCAGUACACUUUCGGUUCCGAAUAACAAUCAACGUGUUGAUCAAAGUUCUGUGAAACCCGCCAUGGGAAUUUUUAAUAGACAGAACUUAUAAUCUAAAAAUACUGUUGGGCCAUCUUUUAUUAUAAUGUUAAACAGAUACAGUCGUGUUGACUCCAUUAUUUCUUUUGUCUAAAAUUUACCAAAUAUUUUGGGGAAAAUGAUUUCUUACAGAUGCCUUUGAAUUACCUCAAACUACAAAAAUUUUGAUAUUUAUUGAACUCAGAAGAAAAUUUAUUUUCUUACAGUUCUUUUGAAAAAAUCAAGGCAGAAAUAUCUGUUUGAAGUCUAUUCAACUCCCAGCUUCACGCGAGUUCUAUAGAUUUACUGAAUAUCACCCAGUAGUAUUACUGCAUCAACGCAUAAGUAAAAAAAAAUUUUUUUUGGAAAAACUGUUAUUUACUGAAUUUAAUAUUAUGAGAAAAAUAUUUAUUAAGGUGUUGUGUCCAAAGUUUAUAUAAUCUAGUUUUAUACAGGUAGAUAUAUGCAUAAAUUGUAUGCCAUAUUAUAUUUUAAUACAUAUAGUUUUUUUGGAUAUUUUCACUAUGUGAAUUUUGAUAAAUAUUUAAAGAAGAGAUACAUUUCUAAAUUCUGUUUAUUGGAUAUAAUGUAAUAUUACUAGUUAUACUUUAUGAAUGGUAAUUAGAGCUUAAAAGUA